AUGAAGUACCUUUGUCUGGCGUCCGUCGCCGCCCUUCUAAGCGCAGCUACUGUUUCCGCUGGUCCUUUGGGCCCCCGCGGAGAUGAUACCUGCCCAAAGGGCUACACCGCGAGCGUAUACUAUAAGACCAUUUACUUGGAACCUUCUACAACCGCGACUCCCGUUGAUCCUACCGUGAUUCCGUCGCCUACCCCGGUCACCGUGGCUGAAACAUCCACAGAACCCACCGUGACUCCGUCUUCUACCCCCGUUGUCGUGGCGUCUCAGACUCCCUCCGUGGUUGAACAAGUCCCGUCUUCUGCAUCUUCCUCAUCUUUGGCGGAGAUCUCUUCCACCGAGGCCGUUGCUCUCCUUCCCACUUCGUCGCUUGAGAAUGUCGCUGCAGUCGAGACCACCACCGCCCCUCUCAUUCAGCCUAUCGUCGAGCAGACCUCUACCACUCAAGAUGCUCCCGAGACUACUGCCGAGACCACCACUGCCCCUGUUAUUCAAGCCCUCCCCAAACAAACCACCACCACUAAAGCUGCUGCAACCACUGCCGCUGCCGCUGUGAAAGCUGUCGCAACCACAAGCUCAUCCACCGGAGGAAAUUCCGGCAAAGCCACCUUCUACGGUGGCAAUGUAUCAGGCGGGACCUGCUCGUUCUCCGGAUACAGUCUACCAAGCACACUAUUUGGCACGGCGUUGUCCCUCGAACGCUGGGACGACUCCGCAAACUGUGGGCGCUGUGUUUCCGUCACCGGGCCGAAUGGUAACUCCGUUAAAGCAAUGAUCGUCGACCAAUGCCCCGAAUGCGAGAGCAACCACCUCGAUCUCUUCCAGAAUGCCUUCGCCGAACUCUCGGAUGUCUCUGCCGGCAUUAUUAACAUUGACUGGUCUUACGUUUCAUGUGACCUUGACGGCCCACUGAAGCUUAAGAAUAAGGAGGGUACUUCUGCGUACUGGUUCUCCAUGCAGGUUGUCAAUGCCAACGAUGCUGUUACUAAGUUGGAGGUUAGCACUGAUGGGGGUAGCUCGUGGCAGGCCACCACCCGUGCUACGUACAACUUCUUCGAGAACUCUUCUGGGUUCGGUACCGAUACUGUUGAUGUGCGGGUCACUGGAUCAAGUGGGACUACAGUUGUUGUCAAAGAUGUUCAGGUUUCCUCUGGUGUUGAAGUCACCGCUUCGUCUAACCUGUGA